AUGGUGCUGUGUGUUGAAAAGGCUACAGGUCUACCCAACAUUGAUAUUGAAACUAAUGAUGAACUGGACUUCUCCUUUGAAAAAGCAAAGAUCAAGACAUGCCAGACAGAAAUCUGUGAACAGGCAACAGCCUGGGACUGUUAUUUUGCAAGACAGGAGACUGAAGUAGAUGAUUUUACCAUCAACCAGAACUUUGGGACUAGACAAGGAGAAUACAUGGGCACCCUCCACCGACUUUUGAUCUUUCGAAAAGAUCAACAGAAAGUCAAGAAUUUAUGGCAUGAUCUUGGGACACUGAUCAGCCAGCUCGGCACGUGGCUCACCGAUGAUUGGCUGUGCUGUCUGUCAAUCACAGCGGACCGGGGGCCUGUUGCGUGGCCUGAUGGGGGUUGUAGUCCUGGUGUUUCCGCUCUGACAGGAACACCUGCGGCAGGGUCCGCGCUUGGACUACAAGUCCCAGUGUACAGUGCGAGUCUUCCAGCCUGCCGGCCGGCCGGCCACUUGGUUGGUGCCGGCGGGCGCUCCUCCUGCAGGGAGGCCGCCUGGCCUGCACGGGGUUCAGGCCAGGAUCGGUCCCCCACCGCUGCUUUCGCUGCCUGUCCCCUCGUGGAAACGCCGCUGUCUGCGGGCGGGAUGAAUUACAGAGCGGUGGCGGACACGGUGGCUGAGAAACUGCUGGGUUACAGCAGGGACGACACCGGCUGGAGGGUCUGCAAGAGAACGAAUGAAGUUUGUGUGUCCUGGAGACCAUCAUCAGAAUAUUCUGGAAACUUAUACAAAGGCGAAGGGAUAAUUAAAGCUGCGCCAAAGGAUGUAUGGGAGUGUUUAAAACCUGUGCCUGAGGGGCCGAGAGUGAAGUGGGACAAAAAUGUUAAAUCAUUUGAGCUGAUUGAAAUGAUCAAUGAUGGUCUUUCUGGACAUCUUCAGACUGUGUCUGUCUGCAGGACUGUUACACCAUCAGCGGCUGUGGGCUUGAUCUCUCCGAGGGAUUUUGUGGAUGUUAUUUUAAUUAAACAAUAUGAAAAUGGGACGAUAUCCUCAAACGCUACUCAUGUGGAGCACCCUAACUGUCCCCCUAAACCUCACUAUGUGAGAGGGUUUAACCAUCCCUGUGGAUGUUUCUGUGCUCCCAUUGCAGGAGAGCCACUGAAGACUCACUUGACUAUGUUCUUUCAAACUGACCUUGGUGGGUAUCUCCCACAAUCCGUGUUGGAGUCUUUCUUUCCAUCUAGUAUGGUUGAGUUUUACAGCAAUCUGGCAAAAGCCGUGAAGAUUUUUAAAGCUUGAUGAAUCUCCCUCUACUUUUUUUUCCAUCUACCUUUGCCCAGAAACCUCUGAUUUAGUUUUAUUGCACUGAAUGUUGUCACUUAGUUUUGAUUUGAAUGUAUUUUGGACUCUCUGUUUUCUGCUUUUUAAAAAUGUAAACAUUUCUACAGUUAUCUUAUUGGGGGUGGGGGGGAAGAAAAAGAUCAGUGAAAAGCAAAUGAAGUAAUUUCAAGCUGUACAGUGAAGGUGUAAAGGAGUGUGCUUGUAUAUAUUGGCAUUGAAAAUUUAGUUAAACGAAAAUGGUCUGUUCGAAAUAGAAGCAUUCAAUUAUUUUUCAUUAAUUGGGCAUCCAGUAGAAAAUUUCUUCAUGUACUGAGUUUGAGUCCUAAACUAAAGUUAAUAAUCUGCCCAACAAUGAAUAAUAUAUAUUUGCAUUAUUCUAAUUGUUUAAAGCGCAAAUGGAUAUUCAGCAAAUGAUGCCCCUAAUUUAAGUGAGGUGUUUGUGCCAAAUGGUAAAAUGAGGGAUGAUUUAGAGCAAAGUAUUACUGCCAUUGGAGUACAGCAUGUCCUUCAAAAUGUUCUGCCAUUAUAAAAACAUUUUUUAAAGUUUGAUUUGUAACUCUUUUUCAAAGUCUCAGUGCAAGCAGUAUCCUCUUCCUAAAGCUCCGUAACAGGCAUAACUGGUGUUGAAAGAGAGAGUUGGGCAAAACAGUUUCAAAUACUAGCGUUAGUCCCUUCAAAAGGUAAUAGUACUGUACUCCUGUUCCAAACCUUGCUGAGUGAACUUAAAAUAUUUAGUAGCAGAUGUCCAAAAUUGGUGUUCUUCAGGAAAGGACAAUGCUGUAAGCACAUUAUGGAACACGUUCAUCUCUUCAAGCAACAUGCUUUCCAGUAAUUUGCUACCUUGCAUGUAAAUGGUAAAAAUAAUAUUGUUAUUUGUGGAAACAUGUUCCAUGCAAGAUAAUCUUCACUUGACCAAAUGUUUUAAAAGUUUUGCAUCUCUCGAAGUGAUAAAUCCUGGUGUUGUUUAUAUUUAUUUUAAUUGUUUGUUUGCUUUUAAGUUAAUAAACCCCGUCCUUUUAAACUGCUACUUUUUCCUAAGGGAUGGGGAAUCUGUUUGUGACGCAUUCCAAGUAUACAGAACUUGGUUGAAUUUUACAUUCAACCUUUUAUUGAAGAAAGGAACUUAAAACUUAACUUGCACCAGAGUUUAAAAUGGGCAUUAGUUCUGUGUACACAGUUAAGCCAAAUGAUAUGAUGCUUGCACAGCUCAUUGUUAACAAUGUACUGUAUGUUUAUGUAAAACCAUUUAUUGACAGCUUUUUUUUGGAGUCUGAGGCAUUUUAGUAUAUAAUUGUGAUUUGAAAUUGGACUUUGUUUUUACUUGCACUUUUUAAAUGGGUUAUGAUGUUGGAUUUUGUAUUAUUGGUAAAUUGCUUAUUUAUUUGAAAGCAUCUCUUUUCCUAGUUUCACAAAUUGAAGAAACUGUUGUCCCUGUUACUGUGUGCUUGGCAAUUCACGCUGGAAAGAUGCAUUAAAAAAAAUCCCUCCUCAAUGCUUUCAACCUGACUGCUGAUUGCAACCAUUGAACAUCCUGUUGGUAUUAGUGUACGUUUUGGACACCAUGUGAAAAGUCUUCAAAUGUGUGUUUUUGGUGUCUACUGUGCCAUUUGAAAUGUACAGAGUAUUGGAAGGAAGGAAUUAGUUGAACUAAUGUUAACUCUCAAGGUGCUUCUUCAGCGUGACAGGAAUUAUGUGAUGGUAAGCUGUAUUUAUUGCUUGAUCUGAAAUCCCACCUUUCUUACAAUGUAUCCUUAUUACAGCAAACAUUGUAAAUUUUGAGAUUUUAAAGGUUCAAAUACAUUUUUAAACCAAUGCCAAAAGUUUAAAAAAUGAUUUACUUAAGAAAAUUAAAACCACUUUCCAAUGAA